CGCCAUUCUUCCACGGCGACGUCAGCAAUUAAGCACCGGCGCCGCGCUCCGAUUGGCCCGAGCCGGUCCGGCGUCCUACAAAGAGCGCGCGAGCAGCCGCCAGCGUCACACCUUCCUCACACCUUCCUCCUCCUGGUCGUCGUCCCCGGCGAAGAUGUGGUCGCGGUGGUCCCGGUCGUCUUGGUCUUCUGUGCUGCUGCUGGUGGCGGCGGCGGCGGCGGUGGCGGCGGCGUUGGCCGAGGAGGCGCCGGCGCCGCGGCGCGCCCGCUUCUCCUCCAACGGUCCCGCGGACGUGGCGCGCUGCCUGAACGGCGCGGUGGCGGUGGGCUGCGGCUUCUUCUCCUGCCUGGAAAACUCCACGUGCGACACGGACGGCAUGCACGAGAUCUGCGAGCUCUUCCUGCACGCCGCCGCCACCUUCAACACCGAGGGCAAGACCUUCGUUAAGAAGAGUCUGCACUGCGUGGCUCAGGGGAUCGGCAGUAAAGUUUUCCAGACCAUCCGCCGCUGCAACAUCUUCCAGAGGAUGAUCGCCGAGGUCCAGGAGGAAUGUUUCGUGGCGCACGACAUCUGCGCCGUGGCGCGCGCCAACCCGCAGGCGUUCGCCGACGUCGUGCAAGUGCCCGCGCACUUCCCCAACAGGUACUACAGCACGCUGCUGCAGACGCUGCAGGCGUGCGACGAGCAGACGGUGGCGGCGGUGCGUUCGGGCCUGCUGGGACGUUUGGGCCCCGACAUGGAGACCUUCCUGCAGAUGGUCCAGAACAAAGAGUGCGACGCGGGCCAGGCCGCCGCCCCCUUCGACGACCCGUCCAGCUGGAGGAACGUGCCCGUCUUCAACAUCCAGCCCGGCUUCCGGGGUCGCGACCCCACCCACCUCUUCGCCCGCAAGCGCUCGCUGGAUGAAAAGGAGGCGGGGCCCGCCGGCCCGCGCCAGUAGACCCCAGAUCGCACCCGAGAUUUCCUUUCUUCUCUCCACUAAUUUAUGCGACAGCAGCCGACGACGUGCCGGACGACACUUCGCGCUGGCCGCGAAGUGUCGCCCGCGACAACAUUUGGCAACGUAAUAAAAAGUUUGAUGCAUCCA